AUGAACACGCACCAAACAGCCCCGCUGAACCAGCAAUACUUGCAACCACUCAGCUACCUGACAGGGUUAAGAUCAUUAAGAGUCCAUCCAAUCUCCCUUCCUCACAUCCUUCUUCCCCGGGUUACAGGGAUUCUUACCUCACAUAGCAGGCCACAAGCCACCAGACCCCUGUUCACUUGCAUUCUGCGCACAACACCCAAGAGUAUCUCGCACAACCGACACAUGGAAUGUCACAUUUGCCAUGGGCACCUAGAUAUGACCCACACUAGAGGCACGCUGAACACAACUAUCACAGUCCAGCCAACUCAAUACCCACUACAAGACCCACGCUUGAUCACAUCAUAA